GUUGAUAGAUGUCGCUGGUUUCGAGUGGAGUUUGAACGAUGAACCUCCGUCAGUUUUCUUUGUUGUUGUAGCCUGUUAAGCACUAAAAAAGCAUAGGAAUUUCAUGUUUCGCAUAAAUUUCUCAUUUCAAUAGGCAAGGCUUGCGUUUUGAAACUACAGAAAAUGGCAGGGCGGAUUGUUAAAGUUUCGUUGGCUACUGCUGCCACUUUGGUCGCUUCAGCGUUUGGUUCUACCAUAUAUCUAGAAAGUGCAAAAAAGAACGAAUGUUUCACUCUCAGUAAACCUCAAGGUAUUACAUUGAACGAAGCUGUUGAGGUUGCAGACAAGUUGUGUGAACAGGUCAAGAAUGAAUCUGGAAUUCCUGGAUUAGUUGUCAGUGUUAGUAUUGAUGGUAUCCCUGCUUACCAGAGAGGAUUUGGUUAUGCUGAUGUUGAGAAUCAUAUUCCAUGCCAAAGCAAUACUGUAAUGCGAAUAGCUAGCAUUAGCAAGUCUAUGACUAUGGCUGUGGUUGCAAAGUUAUGGCAAGAAGGGUACCUUUCCUUUGAUAAACCUGUCCAAGAUUAUGUACCUGAAUUCCCAGAAAAACGUUUUGAUGGUGAAAAGGUAGAAAUCACUUUGAGACAUUUAUUAAGUCACCUGUCUGGUAUUCGUCAUUACGAAAAGGUGCCUGCGCCAGCGUUAGUCGAAACCCUAUCAGAUCUCAGUGAUGAUCCUCAUUCUUCCCCAAAUAAAACUUCUGAUACUGUAAAAGUGAAAAAUGAGUUUGAAAAUCAAGAAUAUUUAUUGAACAGCUUCUUUGACAGUGUUUCAAAAUCAUUAGCCCUUUUCAAAGAUGAUGAACUCUUUAAUAAACCCGGCGAUAAGUACCACUAUACAACUCACGGAUGGACACUAGUGAGUGCUGUCGUCGAGAGCGUCGCAAAUAAAUCUUUUCCUGCUUACAUGAAAGACUUCUUUCGCGAAAUGGGAUUGAGGAAUACAUACUUGGACGAAAACAAAACCAUCAUCUACAACCGUGCAAAGUAUUACAUAAGAAACGGGAGGGGGCGAUUAGAGAAUGCUCCACAAGUCGACAAUUCAUACAAAUGGGCGGGAGGAGGAUUCCUGUCUACAAGCGACGAUUUGGUAAAGUUCGGAAACGCAAUGUUAUACGCGUACCAAAAUUCUAACGGCUUCCUGGACUGUGAUACCGUUAAAAUGAUGUGGACACCUGUGUCCAAUACCUAUUUAGGGUGGGACAAGGACGGGCAGUACGGAAUGGGUUGGGGCGUUAUUUUGUCCCAGAACAACUAUCCUUUCUGCAAAUCAAGGCAGUUUUAUGUUACACAUACCGGAGCAGCCACUGGAGCUAGUUCCGCUUUACUCAUAUUGCCGCGCGUAGAUGAUGCCGCCGUCAGUGGCAAACCUGUCCGAGGUGUCGUAGUUGCUAUGAUUGCAAAUCUUCAGAAUGUCGGGCUCAACCAGACGGCAUUAGAGAUAGCAAAAGUGUUUGAACAAGUUUCCGAUUAAAAAUCGUGUUUAAAAAACCAAAUAUCACUUGAACUAUCGCCCCCUUUAGAAACGGACAUUGGCAAGUUUUCUCGAAGUAAUAUUUUCAUGCAUGGCAUGGACACUAGAAAAUAUUGUAAUUAUAGGAAUUAUAUAAUUAUAUCGUAAUUUCAUAGGAAAAGGAAAGACAAAAUUGUUUUAUCAAAAAUAAGCAGUGUUUAUGUCAUUAUGAAUCAACAUUCGACUGGGAGGUACACCCAAGAAUUUUUCAAUGUGUUCACCCAACUGCACCUUUAAAUUAGCGUUAUCACUAUCCCCUAGUUUUCCAACACCUCUUAGACGGGCGAUAGCACACGGUCCUUUUUCUCCUCCCCAGAGCAUCAAUCGCUCUGGAACAACUGUCACUAUAGAGCACUUUACAUUUU